AUGGCGAAACCCAUGGACCAUGUGAAGCGUCCAAUGAACGCUUUUAUGGUGUGGUCGAGAGCUCAGAGGAGGAAGAUGGCACUGGACAACCCGAAGAUGCACAACUCUGAGAUCAGCAAACGCCUCGGAGGAGAAUGGAAACUCCUGUCGGACUCUGAAAAAAGACCUUUUAUUGACGAAGCAAAACGCCUCAGAGCCGUUCACAUGAAGGAGCAUCCGGAUUACAAAUACAGACCCCGGCGAAAGCCUAAAACCCUCAUUAAAAAAGACAGGUAUCACUUUAAUGUGGCGUAUAAUUUGGGUGACACGUAUCCUAUGAAAAGUGCGCGGUUACCCGGCGAUGCGCUGACGGACUCGAUGAUGGGGAACGCUGAGAAAACUUCUGUUUCUUCACCCACCAGAGUGUUUUUCGGUCACCACCUGACCGCCAGUCCCUAUCCAUUUCUCGACGUGACCUCCAAAAUGUCGGAAUUACCCCCUGCGCCUUUUCCACAUUAUUCUAUGUUCGGUUAUCCUGGUGGAGUCUCCGCGUUUCCCGGUAUGGGGAUCCUCGCUGGCGCGCCACACGCACACACGUCUCCGGGGGGUAACCCGGGCCACAUGGUGCAUUAUAACUACUCGGGCUGGCCGCCCGGUUCUGGACAUGCUGUUCCUUCAGCUUAUGUGCUUUUACCAGGAAUGACCAAAGCCCAGCAUGAACCUUACCUGGCCUACGCUGCGGCCAUAUGA